AUGCCCAUCGCCUGCGUCUUCCAAGCCGCCGCGGCGCUGCUCGCGAUACCAUGGCCUUCCCAGCUAUGCGUCGCCCUCAUCAUCGUCUUGCUCAUUAUCAAGCGCUUGCGAAGUGUGGCUAAGGACUCACACGUCCCACCCUCGCUACCAUGCUCCAUGAUGAAGACCAUCCCCGCCUUCUUUCACGCCCGUUUCGACUUGCUCAACUGGGGGUUCCACGCGACUGGGAAGUCCAUAUAUCAGUUCCAUCUGCUCACGACUAAAGUCAUCGUGCUCUCGGGCGAGCGAGCCCGCCUCGCCUACUUUGGCAACAAAAAUUUCGAUCUCACGCAAGGCUCGAAUCUCCUCUCGGUGGUUCCGGAGUUCCCAGGCAUCACCUCUGAGCUUCGCCCGGAGACGAUCGGCAAGAUCCACAGGCGGCUUGGCGAGAUCCAGCGCUCGACCUUCCUGUCCAGCCUCAUCCCGCGCGUCCUGGACGAUUGUCGGAUCAAGCUGGGACGCUGGGAAGCGCGCGGCUGCGCGAACCCAUUCGACGUGGUAUAUGACGUGCGUCCAAGUCCGCGCGCCUUCUCCGUGCCGCGCAUUGACUCGCGCGCUGCCGCUCCCCAGGUCAUCUUCCAGCUGACCGUGCGGUGUCUGUCUGGCCCCGAGCUUGCGGACGACGGGGACGUGGUCGCGCGGCUGAAGCGACAGUACGACAUCCUGGCCGAGACAACUCCUUCCACCGUGCUCCUGCCGUGGCUGCCGACUCCCGCGAUGGUGCGAAAGCUCUGCGCGACUAAGGCCGUUUACGAUACGGUGGUCGCGGCCUUAGACGCACGGGAGCGCGGUGGGUGUGCGCGUGACGACACCAUGCAGCUUCUGCUCGACGCAGGCGACGACCGCGCGACCGUUAUUGGGUUCAUUAUGGGCCUCUUAGUCGCCGGCGCGCGCGCGACGGGGACAACCGCCAGCUGGCUGGUCGUGUACCUCAGCGCCUACCCUGAGUGGCGGGCCAAGGCAAAGGAGGAGAUACUGCGCCUGCUCGCUACACACUCAUCUGAACCUACAACGUCGCCGCUGCAUAGCCGCCUCGCGGACGUCCCCCUGGAAGCAUGGGAGGCAGACACGCCGGUGGUCGAUGCGUUGAUAAGAGAGACGCUCCGCAUCGCCCAGCCUCACACCGCCAUCCGCAAGAAUCUCGGACCCGACACCUUCAUCGACGGCCAGCUUGUUCCCGCAGGGGCACACGUCGUCUAUCCCUUCAGUGACGUGCACCUGGACGACACGCUGUACCCCUCGCCCUGGACCUUUGACCCCACGCGACCCGCGCGGCAGGGCAAGAUGGAAUACCUAGGGUUUGGAGGCGGAAACACGGUCUGCCUCGGGAACCGUCUGGCAAAGAUGAUGAUCAAGUUAUUCGUGGGCAUGUUCCUGCUGGGUUUCGACAGUUCAAUUGUAGACCCUGCCGGUGCCGAGGUCGCAGAAGCCCCAGUACCGGACUGGAACGAUGCAGUGCAUGCACGACCGGCGCGACCAUGUCAUCUGAAGUACGAGCGAACUGAGCUAAGUCUAUAG